AUGGCUGAUGAAAACAAACACCUCAAGGUGCUCAUUGUUGGAUCAGGUAUCGCCGGACCGGCCCUGGCUUAUUGGUUGCACACACUUCUGCCAACUGCACACGUCACCAUCUUAGAGCGAGCGCCUGAAUUAAGGUUGGGAGGCCAAGCUGUCGACAUAAGAUCGGCCGCGUUGCCUAUUGUUGAGAAAAUGGGUCUUCUUCACAAAGUGAAGGACAAAACCACGACGGAGGUGGGCAUGGAGUUUGUAUACGCGGAUGGGAAGAGCAAGGCAACGUUCCCAGCUACUGGCAACGACGAACAGCAGAGCAUGACUUCAGAGUAUGAGAUUCUGCGAGGCGACAUGGCAAAGAUCCUGUACGACGCGACCGUGGACAUGCCCAAUGUCGAAUAUAUGUUUGACGAGACCGUUGCCACAAUCGAGCAGAAGACAGACGGCAAAGUCGACAUUACAUUCGCCAACCAGCUCCAGUCUGCCUCGUACGACCUCGUGGUUGGCGCAGAUGGAAUGAUGUCCCGGACCCGCCGCAGUGUGUUUGGUCACGGUCCGAAUAACGACGACUACCUGAACCGCUUGGGUCAGUAUGGAGCAUUCUUCAAAAUCCCACGUACAGGCGAAGACACCGACUAUGCACAGUGGUGGAAUGCAUCGCGCGGGCGGUUGAUUCUGAAGCGGCCGGAUCAGUACGGUACUACGCGCGUUUACGCUGCCAUCACCGACAGCAAUCUCAGCCGCUUCGACGAGAUCGACAAGCUGUUGAAGAACAGAAGCGUCCAGGAGCAGAAAGAGUGGUUAGCGAGGGAAUUUGAGGGAGCUGGCUGGAUGAGUGAGAGGAUCGUCAAGGGCAUGAUGGAGUGCGACGACUUCUACAUGCAGCAGAUUGCCCAAGUCAAGAUGCCCGAGUGGAGUAAGGGUCAUGUGGCUCUCCUCGGCGAUGCGGCAUACUGUCCUUCGCCAAUCUCUGGACUGGGAGCCGGGUCGGGUAUCGUCGGCGCAUACGUCCUGGCUGGUGAAGUAUCCAAAUCACCGGAAGAUAUACCUGCUGCACUCAAGCGCUACGAAGCCAGAACGAGGGCGUUUGUCGACCAGGUUCAGAAACUGAUUCCUGGUGCACCACAAUGCGCCAACCCGCAGACAGAUUGGGGUAUCAAGCUCUUCAAUAAGACCAUGGGCUUCAUCUCGCAUCCUGUCAUCCGGAAGUUUGGCGGUCUGAUUGGAAAAUUUGUUCCAGCUUUUGGAGGGACCAAAUGGGAUGUACCCGAUUACGGCGUCAUUAUUGAGGCUUGA